AGCAUGUGCAACCAACUUGGGUGUGUGAGCUGAAGGGAGACCCACGAGAGCCGCUUCAAACCAGUUUCUCGCAUCCAGUGACUGGCGAGAAAGUAUUUGUAAUGAUGGAUGCUUGCCACAUGCUCAAGUUGGCACGUAAUAUGUUGCAGGCAUACAGUCCAAUUGCAACAACCACCGGACAGAUCAAUUGGAGGUACAUCAAUCAUCUCAAUGAUGUGCAAAAAAAAGAUGGACUGCAUGCUGCCAAUAAAAUUACAGACAAACACGUCUACUUUGAAAACCACAAGAUGAGGGUGUCCCUGGCUGCACAGACACUGAGUCGCUCUGUGUCAGUGGCUCUCCGCACAAUGAGGGAUCUUGGGUACUCUCAGUUUAAGGACUGUGAGGCAACAGCACAAUUCAUUGAGGUCCAAGAUGCUUUUAAAUGGUAUGUAUUGCACAUCAACUUUAUGCAGGUGUCAGAAAGAUGGUAUGUAACUAUGUAUGUUGAUAUGAUGUUCUCGUUUAAAUGUGUUUUUUUUUUAUGCAGUUUUUUUUCUGUUGGAAUUACCUUGUAUUCAGUGUGUUUCAGGUACUAGAUGUUUCUAAAUGGUAUGUAUUACACAACAUCAAGUACAUGGAUAGUAGGAUAGGAUAAGUCAAAAUGGUAGGUAUUGGUAGGUAUUGCAUGUGUUGUUUUGCAAUUACAUUGUUCCAAGAUAUUGUUCCAUUGUCUACAAGUUCUUAAGUUCUCCCAGUUCUGCAAUUACAUAUUUCCAAGAUAUUGUUCCAUUGUCUACAAGUAUACUAUAUAGUUAAACAAGAAACUGAUCCCAUUCCUAAUAUAUCCACCCUGGUAGCUGUUUCACAUGGUGCUUUCUUGGGGUGUCUUCUUUCGUCAUGAUCAGAAUAAUACAACUUUUUCUUUUGCAGGUACUUGUCAAUAAUUGGAUUUGUCAUCAAUAUCGACACGUUGAUGCUGAUGAUUCCUGAACUGCUCCAAGUUCAGCGGUAUGUGCUCACCUACAGGUUCAGCCAGGAUCACUUGGAGCUCCUAUUUAAUUCAAUCAGAGCGUCAGGCGGCUGGAAUAACAAUCCAUCGGCAUGCCAGUUCCAGGGCAUCUUCCGCCGUCUGAUGGUUCGGUGUGGUGUCUCACCUGGUGAGACAGGCAAUGUGGCAGCACAAGAUCACACUGUGUCCCUGUCUGCUGUGGAGAUGUCCUCUGCUGAAACUGCUGAAGAGCACCCAUCUCCAUUCGCCAACAUUUCAGCCCUUGUGUGUGACCACAGUUAUCUCCCCACUCGGUUUGGUGGUCUGGUGGAAAAUGCUCUGGUCUACAUAGCAGGGUUUGUAGUCCGGCAGAUUCUUCAAAAGCUGUCCUGUGAUGUGUGCCGUGCAAGCUUGGUCAGAGAUGCUAGACCAGCAUCAUUUGACAAGAGCUACCACCUUCUAGCCCUGAAAAACAACGGAGGCCUAGUGAUUCCAUCACAAGGCACAGUGAAGGUGCUGAGAGCUGCAGAGAGGGUGAUCCGCCAAGCUUCAGCAAUACAAGCUCCUAAGCUGUCAACAGUCACACACAUUGUGCGGGAGGAGAUUGGGACAGAGGAUGUUUUCCUUCUUGGGGAUCACAUUGAGGAGACCCAGUUUGGCAUUGACAACCAUCAAUCUGAUUUGUUGUCAUUGGUUGUGUCCGUGUUUGUAAAGAUAAGGCUCCACCAUGUUGCCAAACUCGCCUCUCUUGAACUACAGAAAGGGAGCACGAGAAAGAAGCUCUGCAAAACAGUCCUCUUUCAGGGGUUUUAGUGUGUGUGUGUGUGUGUGUGUGAGAGAGAGAGAGAGAGAUAGAGAAGAGUGUGUGUGUGAGUG